ACAAAGAUCUGUACAAGGACGUCAUGAUGGAGGAUAACCAGCCCCUCACAGCACCAGUUAAGAAAGAGAGAGCAAACCCUGAGAGAUUUCCCAGUCCUCUUCUUCCACGGGAUAAUUCAGAAGAACAUCACUAUGUCCCACUAGAUGAUCAGGUAGAUAAAUAUAAGGGCCUCAUGAUGGAGGAUCACCGGCCCCUCACAUCACCAGUUAAGGAAGAGAUAAGAACACCGGAGAGAUGUCCCAGUCCUCUUCUUCUACAGGAUGGGUCAGAAGAAUGUCACAAUGUCCCACAGGAUGAUCAGUUUGUGAAUCCGGGUGAAGAUCUGAACAAUAUUAAUCCUACAGAGACAUAUGUGAGGGGUGAUGAGCAGAGUACAGAGGACAUUCCUACAGAUAACCGCCCAGAUGACUGUACCAGGAACGUAGAGAAAAAUCUGGUAUCUUCAGAUUUCGAAGUAGAUGAUUGUGGUAUCACACGAGAUACAUUUGAAGAGCAUGCCAAUAUCCAAGAUAUACCCUCAUCCAAUCACAGCAAAAAUUUAUUAUUUGAUCCUUUUAAACAGGUCCGAUCUUCUGAUUCAUCACAGACUGUAACACAAAAUAAAAUUCACAGAAGAGGUGCUAAACAUCAAACAGCUCGCGUAAGAGGGAAGCCAUUUUCAUGUUCAGAAUGUGGAAAAUGUUUUAGAUUUAAAUCGGAUAUUGUUAGACAUCAGAGAAUUCACACAGGAGAGAAGCCAUUUUCAUGUUCAGAAUGCAGUGAAUGUUUUAACAAUAAUUCAGCUCUUGUUAUACAUCAGAAAAUUCACACAGGAGAGAAGCCAUUUUCAUGUUCAGAAUGUGGGAAAUGUUUUCACUACAAAUCAGCUCUUGAUUACCAUAAGAGUAUUCACAAAGGAGAGAAGCGAUUUUCAUGUUCAGAAUGUGGGAAAUGUUUUCAUCAGAAAUCAAUUCUUGAUAGACAUCAGAGAAUUCACACAGGGGAGAAGUCAUUUUCAUGUUCGGAAUGUGGGAAAUGUUUUAAUCAGAAAUCAGAUCUUGAUAGACAUCAGAGAAUUCACACAGGGGAGAAGUCAUUUUCAUGUUCAGAAUGUGGGAAAUGUUUUAAUCAGAAAUCAGUUCUUAAUAGACAUCAGAGAAUUCACACAGGAGAGAAGCCAUUUUCAUGUUCAGAAUGUGGGAAAUGUUUUAACAAUAAUUCAGCUCUUGUUGUACAUAAGAGAAUUCACACAGGAGAGAAGCCAUUUUCAUGUUCAGAAUGUGGUAAAUGUUUUUACCAAAAAUCUAAUCUUGUUUUACAUCAGAGAAAUCACACAGGGGAGAAGUCAUUUUCAUGUUCGGAAUGUGGGAAAUGUUUUAAUCAGAAAUCAAUUCUUGAUAGACAUCAGAGAAUUCACACAGGGGAGAAGUCAUUUUCAUGUUCAGAAUGUGGCAAAUGUUUUAAUCAGAAAUCAGUUCUUAAUAGACAUCAGAGAAUUCACACAGGAGAGAAGCCAUUUUCAUGUUCAGAAUGUGGGAAAGGUUUUAACCAGAAAACAGCUCUUGUUACACAUCAGAAAAUUCACACAGGAGAGAAGCCAUAUUCAUGUUCAGAAUGUGGUAAAUGUUUUCACAAAAAAUCUAGUCUUGUUUUACAUCAGAGAAAUUACAUAGGGGAGAAGUCAUUUUCAUGUUCAGAAUGUGGAAAAUGUUUUAGAUUUAAAUCUCAGAUUGUUAGACAUCAGAGAAUUCACACAGGAGAGAAGCCAUUUUCAUGUUCAGAAUGUGGUGAAUGUUUUAAUCAGAAAUCAGUUCUUGUUGUACAUCAAAGAAUUCACACAGGGGUGAAGCCAUUUUCAUGUUUAGAAUGUGGCAAAUGUUUUAACAAUAAUUCAGCUCUUGUUAUACAUCAGAGAAUUCACACAGGAGAGAAGCCAUAUCCAUGUUCAGAAUGUGGGAAAUGUUUUAAGCAAAAAUCAGCUCUUGUUUCACAUAAAAAAACUCACAGAGAGAAGCCAUCUCCAUACUUAGCCCUUUAGUGACCUUAUGUGUUUUUAUGGUAGUCAGUGUCGCUAACUGGGUUUAUUCCGUCAGACACCCCUUGUUACAGGGAGAUAAAACAUAACCUUGCUUUGGGGUUGCCAGAGGUGGCUGAGGGCUUGGAGUGAUGAUUGGGACCACUGUGAGAUCUCAAACACGUAUUGUCUCCUGUAUUAAAUGAAUACAAAAUGUACCUGUAGAUAAAUCCAACAAGUGGGGUCCCUGCCACCCUUGUAUUUGUAGAAGUCAUGUGUUUCACUCAUCUCACAUGAACUUACCAGUGGGGAAAUACUUGGUUAUAAAAUAUUUUUAUUGUAUAUAUUGAAUUUUUGAUAAUUUUGUUUCCUAUGACUAUGUUCAUUCCUAUGAUUGUAUGCUGAUAAGGAGAUGAUAUGUUUUAUUUGGAGGAUCUCUAAUAUUUAGGCUGUUCCAUGAGCUGUAGGCGCAGUUACAGUUACAGUUUUGUCUGGGUUUAUAAUCUGAUGUCUUACACCUGACAAUACUUCUACAAGUAAUUAUGAUACCUCGGAUGGCGAGAGGGGUGGUAGUGAUCCUUUAUUGUUCUUAUGGAUGGUUUUGGACAUUGCCCCUUAAUAUAUUCUGUCGGUGAUUGCUUGUUUUGUGUACAUAGUGGUUUCUACCUUGCCAGGCAGGGCCAUUAUGCUGCAUAAGCAUCACUCGUCACAUUUGGAUGCCCCAGUUACAGUGAUGUGUAACUGUCCCAUAGGCCAAAAUAUAUUUUAAAGGUAUCAAAACAUAUAAUAAAAUACAAGUAAAAAUAAAAUAGAAAAAAACGUCUGCACAGUUUCUCUUUUUACAUGACACAAAACUAUCAAUAUGACCAAAACAGGGAACCAAUUUUAACCACUUAUUUUGGUUUCAAUCUGCAUAUUUAAAGAAUAAGGAGUUUGAAUUAAAAAGAAAAAAAAUCUCUGAAAAAAUACUAUUAAAAAUCCCCAUGUGUCAUGUAAAAAAAAAGCUGCAGAAAUUAGGUAGGCAGCCCCUCUGAGAUGAGCAUCAGAGCAUUUAAUGUUUUGUUUUUUGCUUACAUUUUUACACUGCUAGGCAGAGGCUUCUCAGUUGUUUUACAGUCUAGGGCAGAGCUAAAGCCUGCUCAUUUGUGCCGGUGGAGGAGAGGAGGUGGAAGUGUGGUAAUAAGCAGUAGCAUUUGUAUGAAAUCUCCAUUACCACAGUCUGUCCUGUCCGUCCUCUCUGUAUUUCAUGUCUCCUCAUGUGCUCCAUUCUUACAGAGAUUCAGUUGAAAAUCUUAUAAGUAGUAUUCAGGAUCAUAAUCCCUGACAAGUAGGAGAGGAGGAUGAGGCAGCUCUUUCGCUCAGUGUUCUGAAGUAACUUGUCCUGCUGUGUGAUUAGAACAGGUUUUGUGUGUACUAAU